GGCCGGGGGGAAGCUGGUGCGUUGCGUUGCGUAGCAUCGAUCUCGUCUCGUCAGUGAGCGGGCAAAUCGGCACGGCACGGCGCGUCGUCGUCGUCGGCAGCGCGGGAGAGAAACACAAGUGUUUUAACUGCAGGGGGAGCGCAACGGGGAGAGGGGGGGGGUGGGCUCGAGCCAGGCUGGUGGGUGCUGGCUCUCUCGCCCUCUUUUUAACUCGUCCCCCGGCCGCCCCACGCCGCUCGCGCCGGCUGCUCCCCCCCAGAGACCGAGAUCCACUGACCCGUCGCCGGCCCCAAUGUCUCGGCGCGCCGCUGCCCUCCUCGUCCUCUUCUUCGCCCUCGUCGCCUCCUCCUCCGCCGCCGCCGGGGACCAGGGCGCGGACGAUGGCGCCGCUGCUGCCGCCGCAGGCCUCAACGCCACCGGCCGCCUCGACCGCCGCACCAAGAUGUUUCUCCGCACGACGGGCCGCACUGUCAGCACCGGAGGCGCCGCGUGGGCCAAGGAGGAAGGGGACGCGGAGCUAGGCCUCUUCGACGCCUUCUUCGCCAGCCUCUCCAUGAUCCUCGUCAGCGAGAUUGGUGAUGAAACGUUCAUCAUCGCGGCGCUCAUGGCGAUGCGGCACCCCAAGUCGAUUGUGCUCUCCGGCGCGCUGUCCGCACUGGUCGUUAUGACAGUGCUAUCGACUGGGCUCGGCAGGAUUGUUCCGAAUUUGAUAUCAAGGAAGCACACUAACAGCGCGGCAACUGUCCUUUACGCAUUCUUUGGGCUGCGGCUGCUUUACAUUGCUUGGAGGUCAGAUUCCAAGGCAUCACAGAAAAAGGAAAUAGAAGAAGUAGAGGAAAAACUGGAAGCAGGUCAAGGGAAAUCGACAUUUAGACGCAUCUUCUCAAGGUUCUGCACUCCUAUUUUCUUGGAGUCUUUUGUCUUGACCUUCCUGGCUGAGUGGGGGGACCGGAGUCAGAUAGCCACAAUUGCGUUGGCUACGCACAAAAAUGCAGUAGGUGUCGCUGUGGGAGCAACCUUGGGGCACACCAUCUGCACGUCAUUCGCUGUUAUAGGAGGCAGCAUGCUGGCGUCGAGGAUAUCUCAGGGCACGGUAGCCACCAUUGGAGGCCUCCUCUUCCUUGGCUUCUCGGUAUCAUCAUACUUCUACCCACCAAUGUAAUCGUACCACCCCUGUCGUCAUCUGCCAUGAUUCCUGCAACCAGCGUUUUUUCGUUUGUUUGCGGGUAAGGCACUCCCUAACCUGUGUCUCGCCGUCUCAUUUACCAGCAUAUGAUGCUUGGUGUACGAUUUUUGUCGGCCCACUGUACACUGAUAUACGGGGAUACGAUCAAUGCUAAUAUAUACAACUUGUCGUACAACUCCAAGGAA